AUGGCUAGGACUAAGCAGACAGCCCGUAAAUCAACUGGUGGUAAAGCACCCAGAAAGCAACUUGCAACAAAGGCCGCAAGAAAAACUGCCCCCGUAUCAGGCGGUGUCAAGAAACCACAUAGGUAUCGUCCAGGUACCGUUGCCCUUAGGGAAAUUAGGAAGUUCCAAAAGUCAACAGAGCUUUUGAUAAGAAAGUUACCAUUCCAAAGACUCGUCCGUGAAAUCGCCCAGGACUACAAGACCGAUUUGAGGUUCCAAUCACAGGCCGUUUUAGCACUCCAAGAAGCUGCAGAGGCCUACCUUGUUGGACUCUUUGAGGAUACUAACUUAUGUGCCAUUCACGCAAAGAGAGUCACCAUCAUGCCGAAGGAUGUACAUUUGGCCAGAAGAAUCAGAGGUGAAAGGGCUUAA